AAAAGCAAAAAAAUAUUCUAGGCAUGUCAAAAUCUCACACCUACGUACUAGUGUUGGGGGCUAUGUCCACCCUAGGGGCGCAUGCCUAGAGUGACGCCACUGCUACAGCUAUAUCUGACAUAAAACUAGCCCAGCGAGAAAGACAUGCAUAUAUGUAGUUGGAAGAGUUAAGGUUGCGAGAUUACGGUAUCAGAUAGGUCGAACAACAGGACUGACGCAACUCCUUUCGUAUGCAAAUAUUGUUUUUUCCAACAAUCUCUGGGGUCUCGUUAGUAUCUGAAUAAAAAUAGCAACGCCUACGUAAUCUCUAAAUCAUAAGAAAAAUGCACUCUUUUACGGUGCGAUAAAACGAUUGUAAAGCUAUAAGGCCUCCUAAACAAGCAGAGAGUAGUUAGCGUGGUAAAAUACAGUCUAAUACAAAUGAACACAGUACGUAAUGUAUUACGUCAUUUGCACGGGACUGAAUGUUGUAUGCAUUACGUAAUCUACUGAAGUAAACAAAUAGGCAGAUCGCGAUCUCUGCUGGCAGUCAGUUAGUUACGAUUAUACCUGACUGUAACUAUGGAAACAGCUCUGCAGAAUGCUGGUCGACUUCUUGGAGAAGGAAUAAAUUCAGGAGCUUUUCUCUUUGUUACACAACAUGCUGUAGCUUUCUGUGAGAAAGCAAUAAAGCUGCACAACUUUUUAGACGAGACGAGACGUGCGCUAAUCGAAUCUGAAGCGUCACACAAGUUCUCCUCGGAUGCUGUGUACUGUGCUGUAGAAUGGGCGAUAGACUACACGAAUGCCGUUGAAGAGUUUGUCUCUUGGGCUCAUUUUGCUGAGAGGAUUGAGAGAGUAAAAUCGGGGCUAAGAGCUGGUGAUUUCAGAGCACUCGAGUCUCUCUUGGGUACGCUUAGAGAGCAUGAUCAACAAACAAAGAAAUGCUUUGACUCGUUUGAAGGAAAUGUCGCUAGAGCACUAGAGCAGACGUACGAAAAGGCAAGGGCUGUGCAGAAUGAAGUCGCCAAUGCCAACAGCCGCAAAAGAAUUGUGAGGGGUGUCGGUGGGACUGCAUCUUCGCUAUUACUAGCUGGCAGCAUUGCCGGGGUCGCCCUCACCGUGCUGUUUCCACCCGCCGGAAUGUCUUUGCUUGUAGGAGCGGUCGUCGGGUCAGGAGCAGCAGGUACAGCAGGAGUGGCAACUGCUGUUGGUACGGGCAUUGCAGCAGCAAACAUAGCAGAACCAACAAGUCGCUUGACAGAGUUGGGUCAGAUGCUUGAUGAUCUGUCGACGACAGCCAGUUGUUGGCUUUCCAGCGUGAAAAAAGUGGAAACUUGGUUGAAUCGAUGUGUGCGUGCAAUGAGUGUUACUGGCUCAGCUCUUGAGUACGCUAGAACUGGUUAUAUCGACGAUGUCCUGGAAGCAGUGGAGAGUCUUCAGAAAGAAUCAAGCACGUUACACGUCUCUGUCUGCACUGCUCGUGCUGAAUUGAAAAGGAUCAGAGACGAUCUAGAGCAGAGCAGAGCAAGUGCAUCUAUCCAGCAACAAACAGUCUAACAAUAACACAUGGAAACAUGAACUUUCGCGUGAAUUAAUUGCCAAGCAGGAACAUAAUUGAAUUUGUCUACGCGGUUAUGAUCAGGUAGUUUGCUGUAUAGCUGCGAGAGAGUUUCGCUUUGUUCCUAAAAUGUCUUAGUAUUUUGCACGCAUGCGGGCACUUGCAAAGUUUUCUCUCUGGUAGUAAGAGAACAAUCAAGUUGUAUUUAUUAAUUAUUGUAACUGCGAGUUCGUCAACAGAACAUCGCAUACAAUAAUUUUAUUGUACAUAGAUAUAGACAUGUUUGAGUAAACGUUGGAAAACAGAGCCAUGUGUAUGGUAGCCCGGAUGUAUAAUUAGUUUGGUGUACAGAACAGUUUCUUAGAUUUGAGCUCUUGUACAGAUCUCGGGCUAAGCUGCGUACU